GACUUGUUAUGACGUAUGACGUUAUGACGUUCUUUUCUGUUUCUGUUGAAUGUCCAUUUUACAAUUCGCCAAUUCGCAUUCAUUGCACACGCGAUUUUGAACCGACACGGUUGUUUGCAAGCAAAACAUUAUUUACUUAUUAAACAUGCCUUCGUGCCAUUGCCAAGUGUAAAUUUACUAUUAUUUGAGUGUAAAGUAACGUUGUGAUCAAAUAUCCAAAAUGAGUGCCAAAAAAGAAACAAAAGUUUUUGAAGACAAAAACACAGAUUCAGGCUAUCUGUCAGGAGUAAUAAGUAGUGAACAGCUGUCAGGAGAAAUACAUGUCGGAGCCGUUUGUGAUAGUGAAAAUGUGUGUCAGUUUUCGGAGGAACAAAUAGACAGUGGUUUAGACUUAUCUGAAUGCCUUUCUAAUGUUAAGAUUAGUGAUACGGACACGCAGGUGCCGAGAAUUACAGUGAAACCUGCAAGCCUGGACUACCCACCUUACCAAAUACUUUUCGAGCAGGACGACGAUGGAGACACGCAACUGCACAUCGCAUCGGUCCAUGGCUGUGAGAAAUCAGUUGGUACUCUCAUCAGAGUCUGUCCAGAGAAAUCUUGGCUUGAUGUGGCCAAUGAUUAUGGGCACACAGCAUUACAUUUAGCAGUUAUGAGUGGGAAUGCUGUGGUCACGAGAAUGUUAGUGAUUGCGGGGGCAUCGCUGGCACUCAGAGACUUCAACGGAGACACACCGCUGCAUCUCGCCGUGGCUGCAAACAACAAAGACUGUAUACAAGCUUUGCUAGCGCCCGUGCAAGACCAGCCACAUCAGAAGUUGUCCACGGUUCUCAAUCAGAAAAAUUAUAAUGGUCAGAUGUGCGUGCACCUGGCGGCCGCAGCUGGACACGUGGACACGCUCAACACGCUCGCAUACUACGGCGCAGACCUCAACGCUGCGGAGGGUCUGGCGGGAUGGACGGCGCUGCACAUCGCGGCGCGACGCGGGGACGCGCGGCUGUGCAGCGCUCUGCUGCAGCGCGGCGCAUCUCCCCGCGCACGCAGCAUGGCCGGCCGCACGCCGCGCGCCAUGGCCGCCCGCACCGCCGCGCGCCACGCCUUCGCCGCGCUACCCACCGACGACUCCGACACCGACACCGACUCGGAGGAUGACGGAGACGAAAUGUUUGACAGCGACACGGAGAGUCUAUUUGAGAAGCUGAAGGAAAGUGCGAACCUCAUCAACGUCGCGUAAGCCCCUCACCUGGCCCCCCUCCAACCCCGCGCGACACAACAGAUAUAUAUAAUUAAUAUAAAUACAUUGUUAAACUACCUAUCUACAUAACAUGUUGGUAUAAAAUAAUGACCGGUUGAUGAUAACGUUGGUUACUAUCAGAGUACCGCGUAGUGGUAGUGUCCUCAUGUAGAGACAGGCGACUCGCAGCGCUGUGACCUCCGCCGCAGAAAGGUUACGUGAUAGCGCGGGGUCACGAGAUAACAGCUGGCAAACAUACGGCGCAUUAACUUCGCUUAUAAAUCAAACUAUUUUCGUUGUUUAAUUUAUAUCUCUCUUAACAUACCAGUAUACAUAACUAUUGCAAAUACCAAUUCAGUCUAUUUGCGCGCGAAUGUCAGCCUGACGUGACAGUUGACAUCGCCCGCCGCCAUUCACGUCAACUGUCAGCUGUCAUAGAUUACAAGAAGCCGCGGGAAAAGGGGUCACGUCUUCCUCUAAACUAUGCCCUAUAUCAACAGAUAAAUAUAUUUAUAAUUAUAUUAUUAAACUUAUGUAUAUUAUAAUCAUUUAUGUAACAUUUUUUAUAACCCGUUUGUGAAAGUGACACAGAAGCUGCGCAAUGAGAGACUGUCGUAUUUAUCCCGGUGAAAUAUAAUUUUCAUCGUUGGUAUAAACUUUAUCAGACAAAUGGCGGUUUUGUCCUAACUUUCGAAGGAAAGUGGCGG